AUGUCGAAACGUGUCUAUUUUGCCGUUGAGGGACGUGUCCAAGGUGUUGGUUUCCGUUAUUUUACUCAGAAGAAGGCCCAAGAGUGCGGAGUGACGGGAUGGUGUCGAAACACGAAGGAUGGAAAAGUCGAGGGCGAGGCUCAAGCCAGUGAAGAAGUCCUAUCCAAAUUCUUCAAAGAUGUAGACAAUGGCCCAAGAUCCGCUCGCGUGGUUAGAGUCUCCCAGGAAGAUCGGCAAAUCAUCGAGGACGAGAAUGACUUUGUUGUUACUCAUUGA